GGCUACAAAACUUUAUAGAGGAAGCUUGAUUGCACUCUGCAUUUCCAAUGUAUUUUUCAUGCUUCCAUGGCAGUUUGCUCAGUUUGUACUUCUUACUCAGAUUGCAUCAUUAUUCGCAGUAUAUGUUGUGGGGUACAUCGAUAUAUAUAAAUUACAGAAGAUCAUUUAUAUACACAUGAUUUCUCUUGCACUUUGUUUUGUUUUGAUGUUUGGAAACUCAAUGUUACUAACAUCUUAUUAUGCUUCCUCAUUAGUCAUUAUUUGGGGUAUUCUGGCAAUGAAACCACAUUUACUGAAAAGAAAUGUAUCUGAACUUAGUUUGUGGGUAAUCCAGGGGUGUUUUUGGUUAUUUGGAACUAUCAUUCUCAAGUAUUUAACAUCUAAAAUCUUUGGCAUUGCAGAUGAUGCUCAUAUUGGCAACUUAUUAACAUCAAAAUUCUUCAGUUACAAGGAUUUUGAUACUUUAUUGUAUACCUGUGCUGCAGAGUUUGACUUUAUGGAAAAGGAGACUCCUCUGAGAUAUACAAAAACAUUAUUGCUUCCAGUUGUUCUUGUAGUGUUUAUUGCAAUUGUUAGAAAGAUUAUUAGUGAUAUGUGGGGUGCCUUAGCUAAACAACAGACACAUAUAAGAAAACACCAAUUUGAUCAUGGAGAGCUGGUUUAUCAUGCAUUGCAGUUAUUAGCAUAUACAGCCCUGGGUAUUUUAAUUAUGAGACUAAAACUCUUCUUGACACCACACAUGUGUGUCAUGGCAUCUUUGAUCUGCUCAAGACAGCUAUUUGGAUGGCUCUUUUGCAAAGUACAUCCUGGUGCUGUUAUUUUUGCUGUAUUGGCAGCAAUGUCCAUACAAGGUUCAGCAAAUCUACAAACUCAAUGGAAUAUUGUAGGGGAGUUCAGCAACUUACCACAAGAAGAACUUAUAGAAUGGAUCAAAUAUAGUACUAAACCAGAUGCAGUGUUUGCAGGUGCCAUGCCCACAAUGGCAAGUGUUAAGCUCUCCGCACUUCGGCCCAUUGUGAAUCAUCCACAUUAUGAAGAUGCAGGCUUGAGAGCCAGGACGAAAAUAGUAUACUCAAUGUAUAGUCGAAAAGCAGCUGAAGAAGUGAAGCGAGAAUUGAUAAAGUUAAAAGUAAAUUAUUACAUUCUCGAAGAGUCAUGGUGUAUAAGAAGAUCCAAGCCUGGUUGCAGUAUGCCUGAAAUUUGGGAUGUGGAAGAUCCUGCUAAUGCUGGGAAAACUCCCUUAUGCAACCUCUUGGUGAAGGAUUCUAAGCCUCACUUCACUACUGUAUUCCAGAACAGUGUUUACAAAGUCCUAGAAGUUGUGAAGGAAUGACUGCCACAUGAACUGCCACUUACAGAGAACCACAUCAGUAAUGGUUUUAAUGUUUUGCUAAUAAGUCAUGUGUUGUUUUUAAUUCAUAUCCCAAAAACUUUUAUGGGUAACUGUUUUCAAAUAGAAAACGUUUUAUUUGAUUACUUUGAAUGUCAUUCUUAUUGUAAAGAUGACUUAUACCCUUAUCAAUUGGUUACUAUUUCAAUUCACCCUUAAAAUUUGCUAUGCAAAUGAGUAUAUGCUUGUACUUGACUUUAAUAUUUGUGCUGUGAGCAAAGCUACCUGUAUUAAAAAAAUGCAAUGGGUCGCAACAAGGAUGAUAUGAAAAUAUUGGUUAAUUCUGAAAUGUAGAGGGGUUGAUUUUGCAAAUUAUGGACUAUUAAUGUCCCUUCUUUUUUUCUGCCUCUUGCUCCUGGCUUUUGGACAUUUCAGUGAUUAUUGUAAGCUCUUCUGUCAUGCAAGCUCUUCUGUCAUGCCAGCUCUUCAUCAACUUGAGUUAUAGUAGGUGGGGCAGACAUGGGUAUUUGCCAUGUGAAAUUAUCUGUUUAUUUCACUUCCUUGUGUUCUAUUCUCUCUUGUUCUUGUUAAUGAAGUCUUUUCUGCCUAUUAUCAGUCACAUUCUCGGACUUAGUAGUUAGGACCAAAUUUCUUUAACUUCCAGCCAUAUGGCAUUAUCAUGCCUCUCUCUCUCUCCUCCCUCUCUCUCUCUCCCCCUUCCCACAUUUUUUGUCAAAUAAGUGCUGUUUGCUCAUUUAAUUGUUUAUCAAGUACUUAUUCUUGAGUUUAAAAACUUUUAAUGGUAACUGUGUUUUUCUCAUUUUUUAGCAUUAUUCAAAUGUUUAUAUUUUAAUACCUUUAAACCACAUUUAAAAUUUUUUGUGUUUCAUUGUAGUCUGAAGCAAAACUAUUUUGAACAACCCCAGAUAUAAUGCAUCUAGAAACUAAUGUAUAUUUGAAUAGACAUAAUUUAUAGUGGAAGAGUAGACUGUUAUAUAUGGUAAUAUUUCUUUUACUAUUAAGAUACAGUAAAACAUGACUAGUUUUUCUGUCAAAAAAAAGUAAAUGAAUAAUGAUAAAUGAAUGGAGUUUUCAUACUUUCGUUUUAAGAAUGCCUGUCUUUAAUAAGACCAAGCCUUAAGCCUUAUGUUAUAAUUUUGCAUCUAAAAAGUAUCAUUUCAGUAUGAGGAUUGAGCAUAUUCAGUCUUUCUCUAUUUUUUCUAUUUAUUUUGAGAAAUUUUCAAACCUGCUUUGAAUUCCUUGUAUGAAUUUUUGUUUCUUAGAAGUUAAUUUGUGUGAAAUGAGAUUCUCCAAAAUGAUGAAUCCUCAUAGUUCUGAAAAAUGGUUUGGGGGUUUAAAAUUCUAAGCAAACCAUGACGUGGCUGUCUACACAUUUAAUUAUAUGGUGUUCUCUUUAUUAACCACAGGCAGAUUAACCUCAUUGUGAAUUGUCCUUGAGACCUGAGUCCUUAGGGAUGGUUUCCAGUGCCUGCUUCUGGGAGCCACUGAGUAUCUGUUCUCUUUCUGCCUUCUUACCAGAGCCAAAGGACAUGCGUGGUCUGGGGGAAGCCCUGGCUUGCUUAUAUUAGUUAGCUGCAAAGGCAGUACAUCCAGCUGAGGAAUGUGCCCUCAGUGAGGAGCACUGUCCCCAACCCUGCACCAAGGCCCAGGGAGGCUCCUUCCCUGAAGGUGGCUUAGGAGAUUAAUUCUGUCAGUGUUCUGCAGAUUUGAGGUGACUCUUUCUCAUUUGCUGGUUGACUGUUUUAUUUCUUAGGCUUUUGCCAGUUUUAGAAAACAAGGAAGCAGCUGGGGAUUUGUGGAUUAGGAGUAACAUUUGAGCAAUGACGCGCAGCAAUCCAGAAAAAUGGGAAGAAGGCACCAGGGCCGAGGAGAAUGAAAGUCGACGUGGGAGGGAAGAGGGGAGGUGUGCUCUGCUUUAUCUGCAGUUGUUUUUCACCCAAAUAUGGCUGAUUUUGUACAUCUAGCAGUUACAAUUUUUAACAAUCAUACUUUUAAAGUUAUUCACUAUUUUUCUCACCCUCCAAUAAUUCCCUUUUAAAUAAAUUUGUAUGUAAUGAUUGGAAAUUCUGUACAGGAAAAAACAUUAAAAUACUGUUAUAACUGUUUCAUAUGCAGGGAACAUUGAAAGUAGUCUAAAUUAACUUUUUCCAGAAGAAUCCUUUUGUAACAGUAUUUAUGAAUGUAACUUCCCCAGCAAGCUAUGAUUAUGUUUUAGGCAAUUCAGUUUGGAACAGAGGCCUUGAGGGUCCACUGCACAUGCAGCCUUGACCACAUCUCGUAGCACGGUGCUGUCGAGUAUAAAUAGCUUUUGUGGUAACGUAGAGUAGUAGUAGGUUUCAUAUAUACGACAAAACAGUAUUAAAGCUCAGUAUUUAACAUAUUUUUAGCUUUCAAAAAUAUUUUUGCUUUAGUGUGAAGAGAGUAAGAACAGAGGCGAUCAAAAUAGCUAUUGCUAUAACAUUUAAAAAAAACAAAGUUAGGACAGUAUGUCUAUAAAAAGGUAAGCCUCUAAAAAUGCUUGGCAGAAAAAGUAUAGUGUUAAAACAGGCCUGUGAUAUUAAGGAGAAAAUGAAAGGAUAUGCCAGGAAUAAAGUGAUAUUGCAUAGGAGUAUCGUAUUUUUAUGAAUUUUAUGCCAGUUGUUUACAUGUACUAUAUAUGUUAAAUAAAAAAGAUCACAAAAAA